AUGCCUCCCAUCGUCGCAGGGAAGUAUCGACGCAAAGUUCGCUUCCCCUCCAACCAACCCCCACCAACUCAAUCCGACACUACCAACCAGAAGCGCUCGGGCUUGCGUCAGACCAAAUCACCGACAGCCGAGAAAAUGGCGAGCCAAGCAGCACGGCCGGGGGUCCCAGACUUGUUCACGCAGCCGCCGGCCAUCCGCGACCCGCUCGUGACAGAGACCACUGAUCUGCAGGACGCGACACUCGAGAAGUGUCUGCCUUUCCUAAAGGGCAUCCACAAUAGUCAAUCGGGCCCCUUUAAUGCAUGCGGGGUGCCUGCACUCCAACGUGAUGAUCAUGUUGCCUUUGCCUAUGAUUCCCUGGAAGAUUAUCCCUCUGGCUUUGUCAUCUUGGAUGCCAGUCGCCCGUGGAUGGCAUACUGGGGUCUUGCAACCUUAUAUCUGAUGGGAGAAGAUCCCACUCGAUUCCGAGAACGCUUAUUCAAUACUCUGCGGCCUGCUCAGAACUCUACUGGUGGUUUUGGUGGCGGUCAUGGCCAAAUAUCCCACCUGGCUGGGAGCUAUGCAGCCGUUCUAUCACUUGCGAUUGUCGGAGGCGAGGAUGCCUUUGCAUUGAUUGAUCGGCACGCAAUGUGGCAAUGGCUGGGCCGAUUGAAGCACGCCGAUGGAGGUUUUCACGUCUGCGAAGGCGGGGAGAAGGACGUGCGUGGUGGAUACUGCGCCAUGGCUAUUAUUGCUCUGCUCAAUCUGCCAGUCGAGUUGCCCCCGGACAGUGAAGCUCGGAUGGCUGGGCUGGAGAAGUUUACCGAUGGCCUUGCUGAAUAUCUUUCACGAUGCCAAACCUUUGAGGGUGGCAUCUCCGGUAGCCCUGGCGUGGAAGCGCAUGGGGCAUACGCCUACUGUGCGUUGGCCUGUUUGGCUCUGCUGGGACCUCCGGAAGAAACAAUUACCAGACAUAUGAACUUGCCUUUGCUGCUUUCAUGGCUAUCUGCGCGUCAAUACGGGCCCGAGGGCGGAUUCUCCGGCAGAACUAACAAGUUGGUCGAUGGAUGUUACAGCCACUGGGUUGGUGGUUGCUGGCCAAUUCUCCAGUCUACUUUAGAUGGCAAGCCACAAAGCAAUGGGCCUCCCGCUACGACCGUAGGUCACCUUUUCAGCCGCGAGGGAUUAUCCCGCUAUAUCCUCUCAUGUUGCCAAUCUCAGACCGGCGGUCUUCGCGAUAAACCCGGAAAAUCGCCCGAUGCUUACCACACAUGCUACGUACUGUCGGGCUUGAGCGCCAUGCAGCACUACCAUUAUCGCACGGACUCAAGCACCACCUCAGACCAGACAUUUGCAUCUACCUUUUCUUGGCGCUCGACCCCGAUCCGUGAGGGCAACGUGUAUGAAAAGGCCGAUCGUCUCGAGUCCCUCCAUCCUCUUCUUGGAGUUCCUUAUCCCAGGGCUGAUGCGAUGCGGCUCUGGUGUGAAGCCCGACCCAUUACACCUUAG